UUACUUCGCGGGUGGAACCGGGGAGGCAAAAGCGGUCGUUUUCAGUUGGCUGGCUGGUUCUUCCCUCGCCAUCAUGUCGAGAAAAGGAGCACAGUCUUCCUUCUUUUUAGAAUAGUAAGAAAUAAAAGAGCAGAGAGGCGAGAGAGAAAGUAAAAGCCAUCUUUCUUUCACCCCGCCUCGUCUUCUUCUCUGUAUUCUUCAUCAAUAGCUGCCCUCUGUAAUCAUGAGUCUCCCUCUGUCAUCAUUGCGACGAAAACCAUCUCUCUCUCUCUCUCUCUACCAUGACGGUGAAUAGCACUAACAAACACGUUUGCUCCAGCUAUAUAUCUGACUCGCCUUUCCCUUCUUCCCUCACCACACAGUGAGUCGCGAACGACCCACUCGUCCUUAACCGAACAAGCUCCAUCUCCAUUUAAUUCAUUACCCUUGUUGCCACUCCUCUUUCUGGCUCUCGGACGUGGUUGAACAUGUGUACGAAUUCCUCGAAAUGGAGUCUCCGUCGGCGGCAGUUGAAGCAACGCAAUCUUCGCCUUCUCUCGCUGAGCAGGAAGAGGAGGACAAGGAGAUCAUCGAAGGGAGGGGAGGACAAGGAGACGAAGAGAUGGCUGGUGGGCGCGAAGGAGGAGAUGGAGAUGAAGAACCUGAGGCUGUACAUGGAGAACCGGAGCAUCAUGGAGGCGAACGAGAGGCUGAGACAGAGAGCUCUGUUUCUCCAUCGAGAGAACAGGGCCCUGCUCUUCCAGCUCCAGAGCAAGUUCCCUCGCCAAACCAGCUGAAACCCGACUCUCAGAACCUCAACGCAAUACACAAAUCGAAUGAAUCGACAGCAACAGUGAUCAAAGGAUCGACCUUUGUGAAUUCUAAAUUAAAGUAACGGUAGGGGGGGUGGGGAUGGAAUAAAGGAAAUCCAUGGCUCUGCUUUUUCUGUGUGAGCGUUAAUUUUUGCCAGCAGUCUGUUCUAUCGGCGGUAGUUCUCUGGAGUAGCAAUCCAACUAGCAAGCGCUAAGCUGUAUUGAUCCAUACGAAGGUUGAUUUCCAAGUUCAACUUCCAAAGAUGUAUGUUGGGUAUGACGUUUUGC